AUGGCUGACUCACUCCCACAGGAUACAACACCUGUCAAAAGUGAACCAACUGGAGGUUGUGAUCUGACUACUGAUAUCGCCUCAGGAGUUUCUCUGGUAUCUGAACUUCCUUCAGAAUCCAUGGAUGACCUCGUUGCUCGCCACAAAAAGGAGCUUCGAGAUCUAGUGGCCACAACCACGUCGCUCAAAAAACAGGCAACAAAAAAGACCAGAAAGUCCGUCAAUCAGAAAUGUCACGACAUGCAAACUCAGCUUGACGAUCGACACAAAAGGGAAUUGGCCCAGGCAAACGGGCAAGAAAUCAACGUCAUCGAUGAGGUGACCCCAGAACAGCUUCUUGCAUCGCUUACGGUAGCCGAGCCAGUGAAUGUAUCAUCUCAGAAUGGUUCUCCACACACACCAGCUACACCUUCUACUGCGGGCAAGAAGCGGAACCGUGCAAAGGAGAGGUUGGCCAAGCGCCAGGCGCAGGAAGAUGCUGUGAGAGCCCAGGCAGCGCAGGAGGCUGCUGGUGAAGUAGAUUACCGUCAAAUUGAGCAUGACCUGAUGCUAAGGUUGCUUGAGGCACAAAACUUGGAGUUGCAUGAGAUCCAACCUGAUGGUCAUUGUCUCUUUCGGUCCAUCCAAGACCAAUUGCAAUGCCGGCACCAAAUUGAUGUCUCGGUGGCUGAACUACGUAAAAGCGCCGCUACGUACAUCAGAGCCCAUCCCGACGACUUUGUGCCAUACCUCUUUGACGAGACAACGCUCUCACUUCGCGAUAUUGAUGACUACACUAAGGAAUUGGAAGAGACAGCAAUGUGGGGAUCGGAUAUGGAAUUGUUGGCGUUGAGCAAGACUCAUGAUUGUGCUAUUAGGGUUUUGGUUGCUGGAAGCGCACCUAUCGUCUUCAAUGAAGGAGCCGAGGAUGAGUUGGUGGUUGCCUUCUACAAGCACCUGUACGGAUUAGGAGAGCACUAUAACUCAUGUAGGAGCCGGUAG